AUGGCGAGCCCUGCUGGAAACAUCUCCUUUGAGGACUAUCUCGGCCUCUCUGGCUGCAUCUUCGAGUGGGCCGACAGCUACGACUCCAAGGACUGGGAUCGUCUCAGGAAAUGCAUUGCCCCUGAGCUUCGCAUUGACUACCGCUCCUUCCUCGACAAGAUCUGGGAGGCCAUGCCCGCGGAGGAGUUCAUCGCCAUGAUCUCGGACAAGUCCGUCCUCGGCAACCCCCUUCUUAAGACCCAGCACUUCAUCGGCGGCACCCGCUGGGAGAAGGUCUCCGAGACCGAGGUCAUCGGACACCACCAGCUCCGCGUGCCCCACCAGAAGUACACCGACGCCUCCCGCAAGGAGGUUGCCGUCAAGGGCCACGCUCACAGCUACAACAAGCAUUGGUACAAGAAGGUCGACGGCGUCUGGAAGUUUGCUGGUCUCGCUCCCGAGAUCCGCUGGUCAGAGUACGACUUUGAGGCUGUCUUCGCCGAUGGACGUGAUUCCUUCGGUGCUGAGGAGACUGUCGAUAAGAAGAACAAUGUCUCUGUUGUCGAGAAGGAGCUCAAGGUUGCCGCUGCUGUUUAA